GGUCACUGGAGUUAGACGCAUAUGGUCAAAAACAGACUUCACAUGCAGGAAUGGCCAAGAGGACUAUCUUUAGUUUAAUGGAAAAGCUCUGGAUUAAUUUUUCCCACGUGUUGUGGGUAAACAGCGUACAUCACUGCUACAUAUAGCGGACAGGCAGAUCCCUAAUGUCAUCAAAGACGGCCACUCCCAGAAAAACAAACCAGCCUCCAGCUGCUUGAACUACUGUUUAACUUCAGCAGCUUCGGCUCUUCUUAAGCAUGAACGGAGUGUGUGAGUGAAGGUUUCCUGGAAACCAGCGCAUUCUCGGCCUCAGCAGUCGUAGUUCCCCUCCCUCCCUUCCGUGGAACAAACCAAGAGCUGUGUGCCAGACUGCUUUCAGUUCUCUGCGAGUCCCUGAAACGUGUGGGUCACUCCGUCUCUGACCGCGUCCAGUGGUACUUUUAGGCUGGUUUCGACGCGCGGACUUACUGGUGCCUACUGUCGGUACCAAAUCACCCCGUGGAGGAAAACUUUGGAUUUUCCCAGGAAGAGCGAACUUUUCCGAGGAUUUGUGGAGUUGUAACCAGAGCCUCGCGAUGUUUUGCGGUUAUCGGGGCAUUUCUUUAAUAACGUGCUGCUCUCUCUGGUUCCUCGGGGUCGCCGUGUCAGAUGAAAUGCCUCGACCAGAAAACCUGAGUCUGUCAUGGAGCCCUGACUAUUUAUCAGUGGUGGCACAGUGGACUGAGCCGCCUGGUUUGGAAGGCUGUGAAGUGAAGUAUGAGGUUCAUUUUUAUUCAAAGAAAUGUCCACCCAGUGAAGAACCUGUAAUGAAAUGGAGAGUAAAUAAGUUGACUCACACAUGGGCCACUGAAGAGAAUGAAGUCUGUGUCAGCGUAAAUACAAGCCCUUCGAACUGUGGAAACAAGACAUCAAGUAAAUCGUUACUUAAAGGCCUCUCUCGACCUCCAGGUUUAGUGAAGAACUUCACUUGUGUUUAUUACUCUCAUAUGAAGAUGAACUGCACCUGGAGUAUAAUCAGCAAUGCCUCUGAUCUCCAGCUCUUCUACGGGCCUCACAAUGAAAGCAGUCUAAAGCCUUGUGUCUCCUAUAUUGGUAAAGGACACAUGAGGACAGGCUGCCACCUCUACGGCAAAGAAUUUGUAAAUGAUACACUCUUCUUUCUUGUCAACGGAACUUACGGAGGUUUACCCAGAAGGAGCUACUUCAGUAAAGAAAUAAGGAAUUUUGUGAAAGUACCACCACCUAAACUUAACAUAAGCCUGGUUGGAAAGCAUCUCCACAUUCAGUCAAGUCCACCUUAUUUUAAAUCAUCAUGUUGGAUUUACCAGUUUUACUUAAAAAAAUGCAAUACGGAGGAAAAAAUCACAUUUGAAAAUAAACAGUGGGAAUUUGAUUUGGAAUAUAAUGAAGACUGCCUUUACACAGUUCAAGUGCAGGCCAGAUACCAAUACUGCGGAGAGGGAGGUAGUGACUGGAGUAAACCUGUGUACUACGGUACUGUACCUCCUUCAUUACAUUGUGAGAAUAGAGAUCCAGUUGGGCUGUUAAAAAUGAUUUUGGUAAUCACCCCUAUAAUAGUGACCUGCUGUCUCAUUGUGGCUCUAGUGUUAUGUCGAAGACACAAGGAUUACCUUUUCCCCAAAAUUCCUGAACCAUCGCUGUUAGUCAAGGAUAUGCUUAACAAUAGUAAAGAUAAGGGCCUAAAUAUUGGAAACCUUUACAUACCUUAUGAAGAUGUAGUGGAGAAGAAGCUCAGCCUGGAGCCAAAGAGUACAUUCCUGCAUUCUGAACCAUAAAAACCCCACAUUUCUGCACUAUAAAUACAAGAUAAUAGCUUCCACUGUGCAUAUGUCAGACUUUAGUCCCAGCAGCCCACAGCAUUACAGACUAUAGCAUUCUGCAUUAUGAAACUCACUUGAUUCAACUCAUGGCAAGGCUUUUUCUAAUGAAAUUAGAACAUUAGAAGAGGGAAAAUGCUAAUCACAGCAGAGCUGUGACCCAGAAGGACCCUGUGACCUUCAGAUACUUCACUUUAGCCUGGUGUUGUGUGUGUACUGCGUGUCUGUUUUUCCUUUUCUUUUCACUUGCUUUAUACGAAGGUCUAGAGCUUAGUAUGGCAGAAAAUGUGGUGGGACUGCACAUAUCCAUAUCACAAAUGUAUUUGAUAUAGUCACAUAGAUCUACUGCCAUCUUUCACCCCUCAGAGCUGAGCAUGUAAGGACAGCAGAAAAAUCUGAAAACCGUGGCUUUAUUUAAUUACUUGUAGUAUUUCACAUUAGCACAACAGCCAUAGCUAAGUAGAGCUGUACUGUUCUACUGUGAUACUACAUGGUUAGCAGGACUCUGUAGUUAAUGAAGGAGAGUACUUUAUUUUUAAUGCCUUAAAAGAGUAGCAAAGUUUUAUUGCACAUUUCUAUAACAUAAGAAUAUGUCAGUCAGUUUGUCUGUAUUUUUUAGGAGGUCAGCUUAUGAUGUUUGUAUAGGGUUCCAAAAUUCCUUAUUUAUAUGACAAUUUUUUGUCUCUUUAAUUGCUAGACUUAAACAGGCUGUUUGUUGCUGUACACUUCAACUUAUAUAUCGCUGUGGUCAGAACAAAACCUUGUGUCUCCACUUUUCAGUUUUUGACAUAAAUUGAAAAUACACAUAGUCCUACAUGUUGUGUGUAAAUUCUUGAUGAAUGUAACAAAAGAAAUGAAAAUUACCUGGAAACAAGUCUGGUUUCACUGACUUGCAUUAAAGUACAGUGUGUUUUUAGCUUCUGCUGUAAAGUUACAAUUUUGGAGAUACAAGGUUUUGAUCCGACAACAACGAUAUGUAAAUAACCUCUGUUCUGAAGGCUGCCCUGUAUUGUGUCUCACUUUAAAAGCAGUCUCCUUAAAACUUCAAUGUGAAUGUACGGGUCUAAGCUGCAGCUUGCUGAGUUUGUCGGUGUAUGUAAAUGUAUUUGUCUUUUUAACAUCACUCAAGCAGUGAUACAGCUGUCUUUGCAGCUUAGCUUCCGUAUAUGGACUGGAGUGACAGCGGGACAGUUUGAAACAAUAUUUACAUAUUACGUCAGAAUGUGAAACUUUGUUUUUCUAUGAUAUGGGCCUUUUAAAAACAAGAGGAGUUAGAGUUUACAUUCUUCAUUCUAAUGUCUUCAUGUAUUCUUUGGUUGCUGUCUGCUUUUUGAAGACAAGGGUGGUCCAGAAUCUUUCUUUUUUAACUUGUGGGCCAAGAAAGUGCAGUUUAUCAUGGUUCUUCGAACUGAACCGACGAUUAUAGCGUUAUACACAUAUACAAAGUAUGAAUAUACUCAGGAGGAACACCACUGAUCCUAAUCAAAACGUCAUUCUUUCAUAAAGACACAUAAAGAACGAAUGCACAGCCCAGCAGGUUCUAUAGGUCUAUGUUGACCUCUCAGUGGUGAUGGUGCUAGAAAGUUCUGCCAGCAGUUUCUUGCUCUCCUUGUUCAAAGAAGCUACCACACUAUUGCAUUUACAAAACACCCACACUAUUGCUGAUUGUAUUUGCAUUUUUGCAACAAACGUCACAGCAGCUUUACAAAUGUGUGACUCACAUUUAUAUUGCACAACAAAACAAAACAAAUGAGUUUUCUUCUUGAUGCUUGUCCCCAGAAGUGCCUUGGCAGAUAACUGUGGUCCCCUCAGCCCUUGUAGUUACAGAAACAGAGCUGAAUUGUUUUUUAUCUUCCCUUGUGAAGAAGUCUCUCUUCUAAACUAUUUUUGAACAUAAAGAAUUGAAACAGCACAAAAGAACAAGGGUCAGUUAAGAAUGAGUCAAAUGUCUUUCUGUUAUUCUGUCCAUCCAAUGGUUUCUCUAAAUAAAUGCGUAUAUUUACAUACUA